AUGAGCGCGUCGCCGCUGUCGCAGAAGUCGCAGACCAAGCUCAAGACCUUCCUCAAGGAAAAAGAAAAGCCUGCCAAGCGCUUCAAGUCCCUCGUCUCCUUCAUUGAGAGCGCAACCAAGGAGGAGCUCAAGGCGUUCUUCGUAGAAAAGUACGAACAGAUCUUCGCCGUCCUGCUCGCUCGAUUUGCCGAUCUCGAGUCCUCCCAGAAGAAGGAUAAGAAGCAGCACAUUCCCAAUGUGCAAUCAGUGAUUGCCGUGCUCAAGCAGUUCAUUCUGCUCCUCCACCCGCAGAUCAAGAAGAAAUGGCAAUACGCCAAUCUCAGCCGCGUGAUGGACAGCUGCUUGAACGAGUACAACAAGCACUGUGUGCGGAAAGACGGCUUGGACCUGCUGCUCACCUUCAUGGAAGUGCUCGGUGAACAAAUGGAGGAGCAGGUCGGCAAGUUCGCGGCGGCGAUCAUCUACGAGCCGUUCCUGCGGCCGGAGGAGGAGAAGAGCGAGAACCGGCUGUCGGAGAAGGAGCGAGAGCGCGAGGACAAGCGGAAGCGAGCCGACCCGUCCUUCGCCUCGUCGCCCGAAAUGGCGUGCCUCGCCCCCGGCCAUCAGAGCCCCACCCGCAGCGACGCCGUCGAGCUCACCAAGUACUACUUCGAGUUCAUCUCCCGCCCCGAAAGGAUGGGCAAAUUCGAGUUCUGGUUCGAGUUGUGGAAGCAGAGCUACUUCAGCCUGUUCUUCCCGAACAUCUCUCUUGAACUCGGCAUCAUCGAACGCAUCGAAGGCCCUCUCCUGAUGGAGAUCUCUCGCCAGGCCUGCCGUCUUCCGGUAGCGCAGCAUGUCAUCAUCAAGCAGGCGAUGGACGUCUUCAAGAACAUCCUUCUCUCCAUUUCUCCGGUCAAAAUCAAGGUGACCGACGAAUGGCGGCAGCAGUACUGGAAGAAAUUCAUCGACAACCUGUCGCGCAUUUUCUUCAUCUCGUCGAAGACGCUGGAGCAGUUCGAGCGCCACGCGUUCCUCAUCAAGGAGCUGCUGAACAUCUACACCGCUUUCCCGCUCGAGCUCUCGCGCUUCCUCUUCUCCGACACCUGGACCUUCCUCCAGCAGACCAUGCUCGACACCACCCACGAGAUGCUCAGCUCCACCUCGCCCUUCGCCCUCGACUCUGUGGCGCCCACCAACAACGUCGCCGACAUCAUGCUCCAAUCGCUGUUCCUGGUGUGGAUCAGGUCGGAGGUGACUACGGAGGCCAUGUGGCAGGACUUCAACGCCAAGCUGGCGACGCUGGUCAACUGGAAGGCCACGCUCACGCAGUGGGAGGAGAAGGUGCUCCAGCUGACCUACAUCCUCAUCGAGCACACCUACCCCAAGCCCGUGGUGCCCGAGCCCAAGAAGAAGAAGGGCAACGUCGCCGAGGAGUCCGAGGACAACAAGGAGAAGGAGCCCGAGGCCACCACCGGCGGUGGCGACGACAAGAAGAGGCAGUCCGACAGGCCCAUGCUCACCUCCUCGUCCUCCACCGGCAUCGGCUCCACCACCCCCAUGCGGCCGAGGGAUGCGCGCCUCACGUCCAUGACGUGGAACCAGCUGAAGAUCCAGACCAUGUGGGACAUCAUCCUGCACAUUCUGGGCAAUCUGUGCGACAUCAAGGACCCGCCCAAUUUUUCCACCGCUAUUAGCUGCGUCAGCCAGGUGGUCGACCUCAUGUGCGAAGCCGAGGACAGGCUGGAGAUCACCGCCGAGGCGCCCAUUCCCCUGCAGCGGAUCUUUCUCCCCUGGAUCCUCGAAGCCUCGGCUGUCGACGAGAAGCGCAAUCGUGGACGGAUCACGGCGUAUUCGACCCUCUGUAAACUUUUCACCCGCAAGACCUACAAGCCCCCGCACAUCGACCUCAUCUCCCACUUCUAUCGCGCCAUCCAGCUGGGUCUGUCUGGACACAGUUCGGUGGUGUGGGUGGUCGUGCGCAACUGUACACAGCUGUUCUCCCUCCCUCUCCCCGGCCUCGCCGUGCUUAUUCCCGACUUUUUGCGCGAGAUCGAAAAGCUCUGGCGCCCGAACCAAAAGAACGCGACGCCGGAUGACGUGCAGAACAAGUCGCUCCUCAUUCUCCUGUCCCUCCUGUGCUACCCGACCCACUUCGAGGGCCUCGACCUGCCCACCCUGCCUGCCGCCGAGAUGCACGCGCAGCUCGGGUCACUGUUCGUGGCGGCGGUCAACUACCCGAGCAUCACGCCGGCCAACAAGUCGCUUGCGCUGUGGGGCCUGGGCGUGUUCCUCUACGCCGACCUUCUCCACAACCCGCAAAAGGAGAGGCUCACCGAGUACCUUAAGGCGUUGGCCGGAGCCUGCUGUUCGCUGCAGGACCUGGUCGCGCGCACCGCGCUCGAAUCCCUGUCGUCCCUCAUCGCCACCUCCGACAUGUUCGAGAGAAUCGCUGCCGUCGACACCGCGCUGGUGUCGUACAUCAUCGAGACGCUGAGCGAUGGCAUCAUCAUCGCCAUCAGCGCCGUCAAGGCCACUCACGAGCCGCUCAAGGAAAAAGAGAGCGCGACGGCGAUGCAUUUCUACACGCUGCUGGACGGGCUCAUGGCGAUCGGCCACUCGGCGGUGCUCGAGCUGCCGGCCAACGUCGUCCACAAGGUCUUCCGCGCCCUCGAGUUCGGUCUCCUCGGCGAUGAGAUUCAGCUGGGCAACCCGCUGGCGGCGCUGGCCUCGCAUUCGUCUAGCUUUGCGGGUCCGGCGGCCUCAACCAUCACCGCGAAGGGCUCCACACUCAAGCGCGACAAGGGCAAGGUCAACCACGACAGGGAAUCGGUCCACCCGGAGGCCAAGUCGGUCAACCUCGACGCCAUCUUCGAGGCGCUCAAGAAUCAGCCGGCGCACGGGUCGGAGCUGGUGCGGGAGUCGGCCGAGGUGUUCCUCCUCACGAUGCUCAACUUCUUUGCCAAUUUCCCCACCAUCGCCGGCUGCGAGCAAAUCAUCUCCAGAGAGAGCUUGGAGGAGAUCUUGGGUCCGUCCUCCUCGGCGGUGAUCAAGAAGGCGGAGCAGGAGGAGGAAGACGACGGCGGCCUCUACUUCGUCUACAACUCCCUCGCCCUCUUCUCCUUCGAAGAAUUUGUUGACGACAACGAGCGUCUGGUGCGCAUGAUUGUUCGCGACUGCACGGGCAAGUACGUGUGGGACUUUGACCUCAGCUACGACCUCUUCAAGUCCAAGGAGCCCAUCCUACCGCCGGUCGCGAUCGUGCCCAACCUGCUGCCCGCCAAGGCCGCCGAGGUGGUCAUCAAGAGUGAUUUCAAGCGGUCGGAGGACGAGAUUCCGUCGUUCGGGGCCUGCAAGGGCUUCCAGGUCGACCCCCUCAACGAACUGCUCCACUUCCUUGCCGACAACGAGGCCGAUCUGGUCACCCCGAGCCCACGAAAAGCCGAUGCCAACAAGCGUUUCUCGCAAAGGAUGAAGUUCAACGAGCCGAUCGUGCCCAACCCGGAGUAUGCGGCGGAUGUGGAGGCGAUGAUGGUGGCGGUGGCCGAGCAGCGGGAGCAGCUCGAACAACUCCUGUCCUCGCCCACCGACGUCAGCACCGCCCUGCCCUCUAUCCCCACGCGCCCCGUCACCGCCACCAAAUACCACCACACCCGCCUUCUCCUCAGUGCUGACUGGGUGAUGUGGACGGUUACGAACAGUCACAUGGGCUUCCUGACCGAUGAGAACCGCUUGAAGUUCAGUUUCCUGGAGAACAACAAGCGCAUGCAGCGCAGUCUCAAGGAACUCGACAAAGUCAACGCGCGAGAGGUGGCCAAGGUGGGCUUGAUCUACGUGCGGGAGGGCCAGAUCCACCAGCACGAAAUCCUCAAGAACGAGGGCAAGUCUAAGGACUACUCCGAUUUCGUUGACCUGAAGACGCACCGGGGCUUUCUGGGCGGCCUGGACCGAUGGGCGGGCUCCACGGGCGAGACGUCGCCCUACUGGUCGUCGGCCAUGGUGGAGGCCAUCUUCCACGACAUCACCCGCAUGCCCACCAAGGAGGGCGACCCCCAGCAGGUCCACAAGAAACGACAUGUGGGCAACGAUGCGGUGCACAUUGUGUGGACGGAGAACAAGCGCGACUACGACCCCAAGACCAUCACGUCGCAGUUCAACGACGUACACAUCGUCGUCUACCCCAUGCCCAACGGCCUCUAUCGGGUCCAGGUCUUCAAGAAGCAGCAGGAUUUGAACUUUGGCCCGCUGCAAGACGGGAUGAUCGUGAACAAGGCCAUGCUGGCCCCGCUGGCGCGUCUCACGGCGGUCAACGCGAACCGCGCGGUGCGAUCCCUCAAGAAGGAGAACAAGCGACCCUUCCCCUUCCGCGCCGGCCUCAUCCGCGAGAUGUACGAACGCUACAAGGCCGAACGCUCGUUCGACGACUACUUCAGCACCUUCUUCAAGAUCGACGACAACCCCCAGUCCCUCGCCGCUGCGACGGCGAAGAUGCAGGCCACCUUGGCCGAGGCCCACGCCGGCGAGUCGGCCAACUAA